CCUACCAAUUGGUUACAUGUUAAGGUUUAUUUAAGGUUUUGUAACACAUAUUUAGUAAAGGUUAUAUGCAACUGUCACAACAAAAUACUUGUUACAAACUCCUUCAUGCGUCACAGUUUGACAUUUAAUAGUGAUAAGUCUAGUUUUCUUCGAAAGCCUUUGACUUAUCACUUUUAUAUGGUCUAUAAGAACAUUUCAAAACUCAUCAAAACCAGCAGAAAAUAUGGAAGAAAAAAGAAUCCCAGAAGUGAUACUAAACUCGGGGAAAAAGAUGCCAUUGAUAGGCCUUGGAACCGCAUCAAUUCCUCUUCCACCACAUCAAACUCUCACCUCCAUACUUAUUGAUGCCUUUGAGGUUGGCUACAGACACUUUGAUACUGCCUCUGUGUACGGAAGUGAGGAGCCUCUGGGCAAUGCCGUGGAAAAGCCUUUGGAGUUAGGCAUUGUAAAGAGCAGAGAUGAAGUAUUCAUCACUUCAAAACUAUGGCCAUCUGAUGCUCACCCUCACCUUGUUCUUCCAGCUCUCAGGACCUCACUGCAGAAGUUGGGGUUGGAGUAUGUAGAUCUGUAUUUGAUUCAUUUUCCAGUGAGGCUGAAACCUGAAGCCAGAGGUCAAAAUGAUAUGUUAAAGGAGAAUGUGAUCCCCUCUUUUGACAUGAAAGGAAUAUGGGAAGCUAUGGAAGAAUCUUGCAGAUUAGGCUUAGCAAAGUCUAUUGGUGUCAGCAACUUUGGCAUCAAAAAGCUGAACCAGCUCUUGGAAAAUGCAACCAUCCCUCCUGCUGUCAAUCAGGUGGAAAUGAAUCUCUCAUGGCAACAGGCUAAACUCAGAGAAUUUUGCAAACAGAAAGGAAUUCAUGUGAGUGCAUGGUCACCACUGGGAUCUUACAAAAGUGAUUAUGGUACAAAUGCAGUUAUGGAGAGCCCAAUCCUUAAGGAAAUCGCUUGUGCAAGACACAAGACCAUCGCUCAGAUUGCUCUGAGAUGGAUAUACGAGGAAGGGGCAAGUGCAAUUGUGAGAAGCUUCAACAAGGAGAGAAUGAAAGAGAACCUUGAGUUAUUUGAUUGGGAACUGAGUGAGGAAGAAUCACAGAAAUUCAGGCACAUUCCCCAGCUUAGGUUGUUUUCUGGAAUAAACUUUGUAUCAGAAAAUGGACCUUACAAAACCUUGGAAGAGUUUUGGGAUUGAGACCCUUAAAAUGUGUCUGUUUCUACAUAUUUACCUAUGCAACUCAUGCCAUAGAUUCUUCAUUGUUAUCGACCCAGUUUAUAAAAAUGUAUUCUGGAUUCAUAUUAACUUCUCCCAGACUUCAGUUAACAGGAUCCAUGUGGAUCAAAAUAUUUCAAUGAAAAAGAA